UGCGCUGUAUCUAUGAAGAACCUUUCGGUAGUGACUCAGUUUCUCCUGCUGGGCAUCCCGCACACAGAGGGUAUGGAGACCAUGCUCUUUGUCCUGUUUUUGUCUUUCUACAUCUUCAUGCUAGUGGGAAACUUGCUCAUACUCCUUGCAAUCAUCUCCUCCACUCGGCUUCACACUCCUAUGUACUUUUUCCUGUGUGAGCUCUCCAUGUGUGACAUAUUUUUCCCUUCUGUGAGCUCUCCCAAGAUGCUGUUCUACCUCUCAGGAAAUAGCCGAGCCAUCUCCUAUGCAGGCUGUGUGUGCCAGCUCUUCUUCUACCACUUCCUGGGAGGUACUGAGUGUUUUCUGUACACAGUCAUGGCCUAUGACCGAUUUGUUGCCAUAUGCUACCCUCUACGCUACUCAGUCAUCAUAAGCCACAGAGUUUGUGCCAUCCUGGCCAUGGGGACAUCAGUUUUAGGCUGUAUUCAUUCUACCUUUCUAACUACUCUCACCUUCCAGUUGCCCUACUGUGGCCCCAAAGAGGUGGACUAUUAUUUCUGUGAUAUCCCUGUGGUGAUGAAGCUGGCAUGUGCGGACACAUCAUCCCUGGAGUUGGUGGGGUUCAUCAGUGUGGGCCUGAUGCCCCUCAGCUGCUUCUUCAUCAUUCUCACCUCCUACGGCUGUAUACUUCGCUCCAUUCUACAGAUCCGCUCCACUGAGGGCCGACACAGAGCCUUCUCCACCUGCAGUGCCCACCUCGCUGCCAUCUUGCUCUUUUACAUGCCAGUGAUUUUCAUCUAUCUAAGGCCAACACCAAAACCUUGGCUGGAUGCAACUGUUCAGGUACUGAACAACCUGGUCACCCCCAUGCUAAAUCCAUUGAUCUAUAGCCUCAGGAAUAAGGAGGUGAAAUCGUCACUGUGGACCAUCCUACGUCCACUGUGCUUCCUUCCAGAUAAAUUGUAA